AUGUCACUGCUGCUGCUGCUGCUGGUGCCCCUGCUGUGGAUAGGGCCCCUGGCUCAGGAUGGGAGAUUCCGGCUACAAGUGAAGUCUGUGAUGGUGCAGGAGGGGCUGUGCGUCCAUGUGCCCUGCACUGUCACUUACCCCCCGAUCAAUUACACUAACAUUGACCCCGCUUACGGCUAUUGGUUCCGAGAAAUGGCAAAUCCAUACCAGGAUGCUCCUGUGGCCACAAACAACCCAGAUCAUAAAGUUCAGGAGGAGACCCAGGGAAGAUUCCACCUCCUUGGGGACCCCCAGACCUACAACUGCUCCCUGGACAUCACAGACAUCAGGAGGAGGGACACGGGGAAAUAUUUCUUUAGGGUGGAGAGAGGGUCUUUUGUGAAAUAUAAUUACAAAGAGAACCUACUUUCUGUGCAUGUGACGGCUCUGACACAGACACCUGACAUCCACAUCCAGGGGACCGUAGAAUCUGGCCAACCCAAGAACAUUACUUGUGCAGUGCCAUGGGCCUGUGAGAAGGGGACGCCCCCCACCUUCUCCUGGAUCGGGGUCGCCCUCACCUCCCUGGGCCCCAAGACUCCCCACUCCUCGGUGCUCACCCUCACCCCGCGGCCCCAGGACCACGGCACCAACCUCACCUGUCGAGUGACCUUCCCGAGAGCUGGUGUGAGCACAGAGAGGACCAUCCAGCUCAAUGUGUCUUGGAGAGCAGGGUCCGUGGCAGAGGUGGUUCUGGUGGCCAUCGGGGAAGCAUCUGUGAAGACCCUGCUCCUGCUCGUCUGCCUCAUCUUCCUCAUGUGA